CACCGCUCCCCCAGCACCGAGGAUGUCCCCGAGGCCUCCAGCCCCACCAAGGUGCAGAAGAGCUGGAGCUUCAACGACCGGACCCGCUUCCGUGCAUCCCUGAGGCUUAAGCCGCGGACCCCGGUCGAGGACACCCACACCCUCCUGGCCGACUGCCCGCUGGAGGACAGCGGUGAGGAGAAGAGCUCCCACUGCGACCUGACCUUUGAGGACAUCAUGCCAGCAGUGAAGACCCUCAUCCGGGCUGUCAGGAUCCUGAAGUUCCUGGUGGCCAAGAGGAAGUUCAAGGAGACCUUGCGUCCCUACGACGUCAAGGACGUCAUCGAGCAGUACUCAGCCGGCCACCUGGACAUGCUGGGCAGGAUCAAGAGCCNCCCGGCCAGCGUGGACCAGAUUGUGGGCAGGGGGAGCCUCGCUGCGGACAAGAAGUUGCGGGAGAAGGGGGAGAAGCCGGCGCUGGAGACGGAGCUGGUGGACGAGCUCAGCAUGAUGGGUCGUGUGGUCAAAGUGGAGAGACAGGUGCAGUCCAUCGAGCACAAGCUGGACCUGCUGCUCGGCCUCUACUCCCAGUGCCUCCGCAAGGGCUCCAUGAACUCCUUCAGCCUGGCCGCCGUGCAGGUGCCUCCCUGCGAGCCCGACAUCACCUCCGACUACCACAGCCCUGUGGACCACGAGGACAUCUCGAUCUCUGCCCAGACCCUCAACAUCUCCAGGUCGGCCAGUGCCAACAUGGACUGA